UACAAAUAAAGAAAGUGAACAGCCGCGCAGAAGAAGCGAGGGUUUAAUGGAAUAGGGUUUAUCAUUCGAUCUGCAAAUUCAAUAGGCCCGAGUGCUCUCUGCGAUAUACGUGUAGUAUGGAGAGCAAUUCGAUGGCUUCUUUAGCAUCUUCACUGUCAAACAGCUUUCAACAAGUACCGCCGGCGGCUAUUCCGCCAAUGUUGGAUUGUAUUUUGGCGACUACGGAGUCAUCUCCAUUGCGGCUUUUCGAAUCGCUUCUCCAUGAGUUGAUUAAUACUGAUUUUUUCAAGGACGAGAAUGUUGACUCUGAUCGGCGCAACCAUCUUGUAUCAUUCGUGGAUGCCCUUUGUCAUCUUUUAAAGAAACUUGGUGAUUCUGGUAAAAUUCAGUGGACUAAUCGUGGUGCUUUGCAGUCCUUUUUGUGGAGAUGUUUUCUUCCACUAAUGAAGAUGGUUCAUGCAGUUGAUCGCGAAAUUCUUAAUCUGAGUAUAGAAUCUUUUUUAGAUGUUGUUAACAAGACUGGUGCCUGGGAGGUUUUAAAAGCAACCAUGGUACCCUUUCUUCUAAGAUCUAUUGGUAUCUCUAUGGGUAUGGUUCAAAAUGAAGAAUUAAAUGAAUCGGGUUCAAGCUCUACAUUCCAGGGUUCAAACAACUGGAUAAAUAAGGAGUACAUGCUAUCUCUGUCUGAAUCUUUUCCGCUGCCUGUGUCAUGCCAUAUUUUAGCCUCACUAUUGGAUGCUGUUGUCCAAAGUCUCCAACGAUCCUCAAAGAUAACAGAAUUGAUGUCAGCGAACCAAUGCUCUUACUUAGAGAAAUUUUCGUGUAGCUUACUUUUGGACCUCUGUAAUAUGGCAGAGCAGUUUCUUUCACAAAGUUUGGAACACCGUUCUUGUACAAUUAGCCUUCUCCUCCCAUGCAUUUUGAGAGCUUUCAAUUCUACCUAUGCAUAUGGAAUCUCAGUUGAUGGCCAGACCUGUGUAUUAUCUAGGAAUUUCUUCAUCAUGAAUAUUUGGAAGCGCUGCAGAUCACUGUUUUCUCUUGGACCUUUUGAGAGAAGAGAUGCCUAUACCACUCUCUCUCUGUGCUUGUCUUCUUAUUCAGAAGGAUGCAAAAGUGAUGACAUGAAUGAUAGAGUUGAAGAAUUCGACAUAAGAGCUGAAAAUGAAUUUUGGGAUGAAAUAAAAAGAGGCUUGGUUGAUGAAGAGAGCUUGGUUAGGAAGCAGUCAUUAUAUAUCUUGAAGAAAGUAUUAUGCAUAAGCGGGGAAAGGCAGAGCAAGGUUGGACUGUCAGAAAGGAAAAUGAAGGAGAAAAGAUCCAAUCCCGGUGGUAUGACAAAGAGGGAAAUUUGGGCUGAUAAGGAGGCCAAGUCGUUGGGGGUAGGAAACUUUUGUGAUUCAGUUGAUUCCUAUUUAAACAAUCAGCAGCAAUGGGAGGCGUUCAUACUUUUGUUUGAAAUGCUUGAAGAGUAUGGCACUCAUCUGGUGGAAGCUGCUUGGAAUCAUCAGGUAACCUUGUUACUUCAGAGUUCCAAUUCGCUUAAUAACUUUGCAAGAUGUAAGAGUGGGGGAGUGCAUCAGAAUCAGAUGGAAACAUUAACUGAGGUCAUUGGUUGGUUAGUGAUCUUGUGGGAACGAGGUUUUCGUCAUGAUAAUCCUCAGGUCAGGUGCUUGAUUAUGCAGUCAUUCUUGGGCGUUGAAUGGAUAACAUAUGGAAUGUGUGGGAAAUUGGUACCUGAAAGUUUUGUUCUGGGUCCAUUUGUAAAAGCUCUGGAUGACCCUGUACAUCAUACUGGUUUUGGAGUCAAAGGAGUUUAUACUUCAAGGACCAUUGAGGGUGCAACUCAUUUUCUGCGUAAAUAUGCAAGUUGCUUAAACACAAGGGAAAGAAUCACAUUUUUGUUCAAAUUAGCUUCUGUUGCUAAGGAUCAUUCCUUUGGUAGAGCUGGGUUCAUGGCCCUUGCAGAUUGCAUUGCUUCAGCUUCUUGUGGAAUCAGUACUUUUGAUGACAGUGAAACAGAAGGGCGUGAAGAUGUUUUUCCUGAUGAAUUCCAGGAUAAGCCUACUCAUGGAUAUUCUGAUGAUAAAACAGACUUGCUUGGUGCUUUGAGAUUUCUUAUUCAAAGCAGCAAACAGCAUUUCAAUCCUAAUUAUCGUCUUCGAGUUUGUAUGAAAAUCCUAGAGGCUGCUGCUUCAGUGGUUUGUUCAUUUGUCGUGCCUCUUGAAAUACUCUUGAACUUCAUUUCAACAUUGCCACGGGAGUUUACUGACUACGGCGGCUCUUUGAGAUUAAAAUUACAAGAAUGGCUAUUGGGUUGUGGUCAGAAGCAUUGCAGUGUUGGUUGCCGCAGUAACGAGUUUCACCUUCUGAAGAGUUUUCAGGACUUCCCAGUAGGCUUUUCAAGUUGUCAUAUUCUGGUAGAUACUUGUAAAGAUUUUGAUAAUGAAGACUUGAAUGCAUGGGAAUCUGAAGCCAAAAGAUGGGCAAGAGCACUUUUUGUUGUGAUCAAGGAGGACCAUCAAUUGGAUCCUAUAUUAUCGUUCAUUGAAUGUCGUGGUAUUAACAUGUGCGAACAAUGCAACCAUUCGGGGUUAGUACCUGUAAAGUUUCUCAUCAUCACUAUCAGUUUGGUCUCGGAGAUUCAAAUAUUGCAGGAGAGAGCUGCUGAACGUGGUAUUCGAAAUAGAAUGAAGUCAGAUAUGGGCUUGAUCAAGAUUGUGGAUCAUCUGGCUUAUGAAGAUGCUUCCACAAUCAGUGAAAAGUUUGCAAAGCUUUAUUGUCUUAUAUUGGGGGAGCUGGUCUCUUUCGCUAACUUGUCUUGCUCACUACUCUGGUCCAGCACUGUGGGCACAACUUUGCCUAAUUCUGUUACAGGAAAACUUGGAGGUCCUAGUCAACGCCGGUUGUCGUCUUCUAAUGCCUCAGCUGUGUUGCAAGCAAUAACAUCCAUGAAAGCUGUUGCAUAUGUUUCAUCAUGGUGUGGACAGUUUUCAAAUAAUGGCACUAUUGAUUCUGCUUUCACAUUUUUAUGGAAUUUCUUCAAGAAGACCAUAUCAUCUCCAACUUGUGCGUCUGAGACUGGAGCAGAGAUUCGUCUAGCAGCAUAUGAAGCAUUAGCUCAUGUUUUAAGAGCUCUAGUGUCUGCAUUCUCUACACAAACUUUGAAUCUUAUUAGGGACAAUAAUAGAAUGCUUCAACCGGCCGUUAAGGUCAAACCUUGGCUAGAUCUUUUGGUUCUCUCUUUUCUUCGGAAUGUCAACGAUCUUCUUGCCGUUGGAGUGUUAGCUCGAACACGACGGGCAGUCCUACUGAACUGGAAGUGGCUUUGCCUAGAAUCCCUGUUGUCUAUUCCGUGCUUUGCUCUUGAGGAGGGUCUUCAAAUGGAUGGUGCUAGCUUCUUCCUCUCUGAGAUGGCUCUUAAAUGCAUUUUCAGUGAUCUUGUGGAGAGCCUCGAGAAUGCUGCGGAAAGUUCUGUUCUGCCCAUGCUGAGAUCAGUCAGAUUGGCUGUAGGGAUGUUUGCUUCUGGAAGUUCAAGUUCAAUUGUUUUGUCAUGCAGUGGAGUGGAUGUCCAGAUGAUGUGGCAUUUGGUUCGUUCCUCUUGGAUAUUGCAUGUCAGCUGCAACAAGCGAAGGGUGGCAUCUAUUGCUGCACUUCUGUCCUCUGUGUUACAUCCUUCUGUAUUUGGUGAUGAGUGCAUGCAUUUAGAUAACGCUUCACCUGGACCUCUGAAAUGGUUUAUUGAAAAAGUUAUCGAGGAAGGUACAAAAAGUCCACGCACAAUUCGUCUUUCAGCAUUACAUUUAACAGGGCUCUGGCUCUCACAUCCAAGGACGAUUAAAUACUACAUAAAAGAACUGAAGCUGCUAACACUCUAUGGUUCUGUUGCAUUUGAUGAGGAUUUUGAAGCUGAAUUAGCUGACAACCAAGACGGAAGGUUGGAAGUUUCAUUAUUGGCUAAAAGCCCAAACCCUGAGCUGACUGAGGAAUUUAUCAACACAGAGUUGUAUGCUCGUGUGUCUGUUGCUGUUUUAUUUUACAAGUUAGCAAAUUUAGCUGAUGUGGUGAAAUCGGCGAAUGAGAAUGAAGAUAGUUAUGCCGCUCUGGAAUCUGGAAAAUUGUUUCUGCUGGAGCUUCUUGAUUCUGUGGUAAAUGACAAGGAUCUUGCAAAGGAGUUGUAUAAAAAAUAUAGUGCGGUCCAUAGGCGUAAAAUACGUGCUUGGCAAAUGAUAUGUGUUUUAUCACGAUUUGUUCGUCACGACAUAAUUGAGCAAGUUACACAUAGCCUCCACAUAUCCCUAAAUAGAAACAACCUGCCUGCCGUGCGUCAGUACUUGGAAACUUUUGCAAUAAGUAUAUACUUGAAGUUUCCAUCAUUGGUCAGGGAGCAGUUGGUUCCUAUAUUGCGAGACUAUGACAUGAGACCUCAGGCACUGUCGUCCUAUGUGUUUGUCGCAGCUAAUGUCAUCCUUCAUGCAUCCAAGGAUGAUCAAUCUAGGCAUGUGGAUGAAUUACUUCCUCCUAUAGUUCCAUUAUUAACCUCACAUCAUCAUAGCUUACGAGGUUUUACCCAGUUGUUAGUGCACCAAGUUCUUUCUAAAGUUUGUCCUCCAAUAGACUGUGGAUCAUCUUUAGUUACGGCUCUAGAAAAAAGGUGCUUUGUAGAUUUGAAAUUGUACCUUGCAAAUAACUAUGACUGUACCAGGUUACGGGCCUCAAUGGAAGGUUAUCUUGAUGCCUAUGAUCCCAAAGUCUCUGUCACUCCUGCCGGAAUUUUUGUCAACCGAGUUGAGGACGUUGAGUUUGAAUGUGUUCCAACGUCCCUUAUGGAGAGAGUUCUCAAUUUCCUAAAUGAUGUCAGGGAAGACCUUAGAUCUUCAAUGGCGAAAGAUGCAGUGACCAUAAAAAAUGAAAGCUUAAAAAUUGCUGAAGAGUCUAAAUGUGUGGAGAAUUUGUUUAAUUUCCAUAUGUAUAAAGAUACAGCAAUGGAUUUUCAGAAAAAGGUUACGAUCUCUAAACCUGAGAGGCUUGAUGCAAAUUCCAGGUCCAUCUUGGCAAAUGAAGAAACCUACGAACUGCUUGCAGACAUGGAGAAGGAAGAUGAGCUUCUGGAACAGUCACUUCAUUGUAGUGGUUUGGCUAUUGAAAAAAUGAGAAGAAGCCGACAGCAGUUUAUUCUUGUAGCAUCGCUGCUUGAUCGCAUACCCAACCUUGCUGGAUUGGCUCGGACAUGUGAGGUAUUUAAGGCCUCACACUUAGCCAUUGCAGAUAUGAAUGUGUUACGUGACAAACAGUUCCAACUCAUCAGUGUGACUGCAGAGAAGUGGGUACCUAUUAUAGAAGUCCCAGUAGACAGUGUAAAGCAUUUCCUAGAGAAAAAGAAGCGAGAAGGUUUUUCUAUCUUUGGAUUGGAGCAGACUGCAAAUAGUGUACCUCUUGAUCAGUUUAUCUUCCCAAAAAAGACGGUACUUGUUCUUGGGCGUGAAAAGGAAGGGAUACCAGUUGAUAUAAUUCAUGUCCUGGAUGCAUGUGUUGAGAUACCACAGUUGGGAGUUGUUAGGUCCCUCAAUGUCCAUGUGAGUGGUGCCAUAGCUCUCUGGGAAUAUACUCGACAGCAAAGAUCAUAAUAGUUGUCUUAGAUAUGGAAUUUUUUCGAGCAUUCCGUGAAAUCAAACUCUACCUUAGUAUUCAGUCUCUACAAAUCACGAGCUGAUUUAUGCAAUUUAGUUUCAGUGACACGAUUUCUGUGGUUUAAGAGGUUCUGUCACCAAAAUUUACUUUCAUUUGCCUCUGUUUAUAAACGAGGGAACUGUGGGGCACAAUUGCAUGUUUAAUUUACAUGUUGUAAAAGUCUUGAUUCUUCUGUUGAAUAAUUUGUCCGGCUCUCUUGUCAAAGCAACCUUCUGUUUUGUGGUUCAAAUUUGAAAAAUAGACGUUGAAGCUUGA